GAACAGGGUGACGCCGGGGCAGGAAACCACGCCCACAGGGAAGAGCAGCUGCUUCCGGUGUCGGCGUGUGAGGGGCAGGUCGGGCGGAGUAGAGAGAAGCUGCUAAGGUGACUUCAUUAAGCAAUGGACAAGAAUUACCUCCUGCUGAUUUUCAGCCUCUGGGCUCUCUGUGCCCUUUGCAAACCUACUGAGAAAAAAGAUCGUGUCCACCAUGACCCCCAACUCAGUGAAAAAUUACACGAUGACUCCCAGAGCUUUGAUUACGACCAUGACGCUUUUCUAGGAGCAGAAGAAUCAAAGUCAUUCGAUCAGUUAACCCCUGAGGAGAGCAAGGAGAGGCUAGGAAAGAUUGUGAGUAAGAUAGAUGCAGACAAGGAUGGUCUUGUUACAGUUGAAGAGCUAAGGGAUUGGAUAAAAUUUGCUCAGAAGCGUUGGAUUUUUGAGGACGUAGAGCGCCAGUGGAAGGGCCAUGAUCUCAAUGGGGACAACCUGGUGUCGUGGGAGGAAUAUAAAAAUGCCACCUAUGGUUACAUUUUCGAUGAUCCUGAUCCUGACAACAGUUUUAAUUACAAACAGAUGAUGGUGAGGGAUGAGCGACGUUUUAAAAUGGCUGACAAGGAUGGCGAUCUGAUUGCCACAAAAGAGGAAUUCACAGCAUUCCUGCAUCCUGAAGAGUAUGACUAUAUGAAGGAUAUUGUUGUGCUGGAAACAAUGGAAGAUAUUGAUAAAAAUGCAGAUGGAGUGAUUGAUUUGGAAGAGUAUAUAGGUGAUAUGUACAACCAUGAUAAUGAAGCUGAUGAACCAGACUGGGUGAAGACAGAGAGAGAACAGUUUCUCGAGUUCAGAGAUAAGAACCGUGAUGGAAAAAUGGACAAAGAGGAGACCAAGGAUUGGAUCUUACCCUCUGACUAUGACCACGCUGAAGCUGAAGCUCGUCAUCUUGUUUAUGAAUCUGACCAAAACAAGGAUGGCAAGCUGACACGAGAAGAAAUAGUUGAUAAAUAUGACUUAUUUGUGGGCAGUCAAGCUACGGACUUCGGGGAGGCAUUGGUGAGACAUGAUGAGUUCUGAAGAAGAUCAGUGACUCAGCGCUCACUCCUGAGCACAGGAGACUCCUCACCCUUUUCAUGGGCUUUGGAGGAUGCAUCCAGAAUACAAAGAACAAAAGUAAUUUAUUGCAAACUGACUUUUAAACUUGGGAGAGAAGAAGAUGCAAACCUAACUCUACUCUUUGUAGACCACAUAGACAUUUCUCUGUAAAUUAAUAUGCCUCAUAAUGGCAACAACACUAUUUUCUUUUCACUUUAUUUUUAUUCUGGGAUAUGUCGGCGGUGUUGAAGACUUGGAAUCAUUCCACAUUACUGGCUAUAGUUCUGUGGGUUUAAUGUAGCCAUGCUCAAUCCCUGUCCUAGAAAUACACCAACAGUGCAUGUUUUCCCUCUACCAGGUGGGGGUGUACCUCCAUUAAAUAGAAAACUGUGUGAAUUUACACUUCUUGAGUUUGUAGAGAGAAAUGAAAAUGUGCACUGUUAGGAAGUCUAGAAGACCAGAGUUGAGGGCUACGGUCCUAAUUUCAUCUGACUGUAUAGAGAACACAGUAUAUCCUAGGGUCCCAUGGCAUUGAUUUGUAUACAACUUGUUAAAAUCGCAUAAAAACACGUACAAAUUCAAAGAACAAAUUGAUGUGGAAUUUUCUAAUAGUCAUGUUCGUUCAUGUUUUUUUUUUCGUUUUUGUUUUUUUAUAUAUCGCGAUUGCGACAGAUCCCAGGGCCUUAUUUGUAAAUGUAUAGUAAUUCUUUGCUUGAUCGUUACUCUUCUGAGUAUUCUCAGUUUUAAAUAGUCUGUUAAAGGUCAAUUUGCUGCCUAUUUUUUAUAUUUAAUGUUAUUGAAUUACCUAUAACCUACAUUAAUGGUUACAAUCCUGUAACUAAUUCAGUAUUGGUCCUUUUUUGUUCAUUUCAAAUAUGACUCCUUUUUAACCUAUACAUAGUACGGAUUUUGUAAUGACACUGGCAGAAAAUCGGUUAAAUAAGUCCAGUGAAUGAACAAGAUGAACACAAUCGUUUUUAGUUGUUCUCCCCAAAUUUUGUAUGCAAUUUAUUGAUGAGUAUUAUACAGACUAGGUAGUUCACUCAGCUGAUGCCAGUGUUAUUUCUGAGGAAAGUUAAAUCGUCUUGUAUCGGCUGCUUUGUUUUAUUGAUCACAUUUAUUUAUAUUGGGACUUGAGAUAAUUGAAAGCAAACAGCAAUUUAACAUGUUCGGAUAUGGUUUCUAACUAUACAAAACAAAGCCCAAAUCAAAGCUUUCAUCUUUUUCCAAACUUUAUAAAUGCUUUUUUAUAAUGUGGUAUGAAUAUUUUGAUAUUUAAGACUCCUCUAUAUAAACGUCUGGCUGCAAGGCUGGUCAAGGUGGAAUAAAUGGGUAUCAAAUGCCCUUUUAUUGCAGCUGGCACUUAUAAGCUCUUUUUUUUUUUUUUUUUUUUUUUGUUAACCUCUGUAAUCCACUCAAGGAGUCAGCAGAACAUUUUAAAUCUACAUUUUGUCCAUCUCUAAAUGUUUGCCUAUUUUGUAUUUUCUAAAGGAAAACCUCAUAUAAAUUUAUAGUAUUACCACCCAGUUCAGAUAUGAACACAUAAAAUACACUAGUAUCACAGCACGUUGGUCUUAAAUAUACAUUUAGAUAUGAACAGGGAAAAGCCUUGUCCUUUUGUGUUGUAGGCACUCUCACCACUUUAUGCUAUACUUAUGUGCUAAAGAUGAGUUGGUGUACUUUUUGUUUUAAGAGUCUGUACAACAACCGUUCACUUUUGCAGUUUAUCACAAUUCAACUUAUUCUGAAUUCAUACUGUCAUGGGUGCUAAAACAUGUCUGAUUUGUACAUUGACCUGCUAUUAAAGUGAUUUCCAAUAUG